CAAGGCUCGCCGUACAUGUCCGACUCGCCACAAUCCCCGCCGGGAAGCAAGCCGGCGCCAAAAAGGAAACGGGAGAAUCGGUACAAGGACGCACCGCCGUCGGUGCUCUCGGUAUGUCUACCUGGCUCUGGCGUUAUACAUUUCGGUUUCGUCCAAGGGGGGAAGAGAAAAGAAGAAGGAAAAGGAAAGAAGAAAAAUAAGCUAACCUUUGAUUGCAGCGACGACGGGCCCAGAAUCGAGCCUCACAGCGCGCCUACCGCGAGAGAAAGGACCAGCGCAUCAAGGACCUCGAAGUGAUGCUCUCGGAGCAGAAACAGAGAAACGAUGCGCUAAGUCA